AUGGGCGGGCUGUGCUCAAGGGAAGACCGUGAACCGUUCGACGACGUCAAAUCGGGAAACCACACGGGGUCAAAGCCAAAUACAAACAAUCAUGUAGCUUCUGUCGGGCAGCCCACCCAUGCUGAAGCAACAGUCCCUGCAAGCGAACUCAUUGCUCUCAAGGCGCAACUUCAACAGCUGCAGGAGCGGAACUCGGCCUUGCUCUCAGCAGCGAAAGACUCGGAGAGCCGGUAUGCGGAGCUGCAAUCCAAGCUGCAAGAGUUGCAGAAGGAGCAUGAUGGAUUGCAGCGGGAGUUUGAGGCAACUCGGCAGCUUGCCGGGUCAGGGCUGCAAGCCCAACUGGAGGCGCGAGCGGAGGCCGAGCGAAAGCUUGCUGAGGUGCAGAGGCAGUACACGGAGCUGAAGAAUAUGAACAACCAGCUUCGAAGACGUGUUUCGGACCUCGCUACUGGGCACGCAGAGCCGCCGGUUGCUGCUCCAUCCGUUGAGCAGCCCACGAACGCGUUUGAAGAACGUAACCGUGACGUUCUGGCAAAGAUUCGGGACAGCAACCCGGGCAGCAAGAUCAGCAUUGCUUUCUGGCGGUCCUCCGACUUCAAGCGCUGGCAAGGCGUCCGCACCCUAAACGGAGAAGUUACUGGCCUGGCGCUGAACAGCAUGCAGUUGACUGUCUUGCCAUCGGAGGUUGGGCAACUAACGAGUCUCACAGCGCUGUUGCUGAGCAACAAUGGCCUCACACAGCUGCCAUCUACUCUCGGCCAGCUUACGUGCUUGACGUCGCUGUUGCUUGACGGCAACAACUUGAAGCAGUUGCCAGCGGAGCUGUGUGACUUGUGUCAGUUGCAAACGCUGUGGCUUGACAACAAUAAAAUCACUGAGCUGCCGGAGACAUUCAGUCAGCUCUCGGAGCUCAAACGAUUGCGCGUCGACUCAGCCCUCGCAAACGUGCCAGAGCAAUUCCGCGGGAACGGGGCAAUGACACCGGUGUCACCGCGGACAGCACCCUCAACCUUCACGGAACCAGACGGAGCAUCGGGCCGAGCAGUCAACGAGAGGGUGCCGCUAGAAAGCGUAACGUUAUUACAGCAACAGCACUCGCAGCAGGACACGGUACAAUUGAGUAGCAGUGCAGCGGAAUCACCACGGCGGGAGAGCGACGGGGACGAGGGGCAUGGACGGGCCGAGGCGCUAUCACGCAGCCCAGACUCGGCUUCCCUUGCUGCAAGCGACAGGGUUGUGAGGGAGGGCUCCGGCCCAGCGUUGUGUGUCAAGGGGCGUAAAGAGCAGCUGGCAUUGGGAUCGCUCUCGGGGACGGGGACGUCUGCAGGGAUCAUUGGUGUCGAACAGGAGCGAAGCGAGCCGGCGGAUGGCGAGGUGAUUGCACAGCACACGCCCGUAUCAUGA